CAAACGCCCAAACAUCGGUCCUAAACGAACGUCGCCCUUACAGUCCCAUUGAUAGCUACAAGCUGACAAGAUGAGUAAAAUGUGGGAGGUGGAUCCGGAGACGAGGAGUAAGUUGCUCGAGAUCCAGAAGACGAACGAGAACAACAAAUGCAUCGACUGCAAUGCGCCCAGUCCGCAAUGGGCCUCUCCCAAACUGGGCAUCUUCAUGUGUCUCUCGUGCUCGGGCGUCCACCGCGGCCUAGGCGUGCACAUCUCCUUCAUCCGGAGCAUCACCAUGGACGCAUUCAAGGGAUCCGAGCUCGCGCGCAUGGCUGCAGGCGGGAACAAGCCGUUCCAAGAUUUCUUCAACGCACACCCUUCGAAUGUCAAGGAGGGGCGCACAUUCGAGCAGUCCUCGAUACAGGAACGAUAUGAUUCCGAGGCCGCGGAUGAGUGGAAGGAGAGAUUGAGCUGCAAGGUCGAAGGUCGGGAAUUCGACAAGGCGAAUCUGCCUAAACGGUUACCGAAGAAGGACAAGGACACAGUUGCUGCGGGAGCGAGUGCGCCUCUCAGCGGACGCGCGAGCACCGCCGGGAGUAGGAGUCAGACACCUUUGGGAAAGACACGGAGUAACGAGUCCUCGAUGCAGCGGUCGGGGUCGCCCGCGCUGGGGACCGCGUCUCUAGCGGGCAGCAGGAAAGCGCAGAAUGAGGCGUAUUUCGCGAGAAUGGGGUCGGAGAAUGCGAAUAGGAGGGAUGACAUACCGCCGAGUGAGGGGGGCAAGUACGCAGGUUUUGGCAGCGAGCCGGACUCGUGGAAGAAAAAUGAUGAGCCUGGGGCGCCGCCGGCAUUAGAUGAUUUCCAGAGGGACCCUGUCGGAGCGCUGACGAAGGGGUUUGGAUGGUUGGGGGCGAGCGUGAGUAGGGUGGGGAAGACGGGGUAUGAGGGGUGGGUGAAGCCGGGUAUGCAGAAGCUCGCAGAAGCCGAUCUCGCAGCACAAGCACGCAACACCGCCGGAAUUCUCGGCCAAGGUAUCCAACAAGGGACAGCCAGCGCCAGCAGUGCCCUCACAAGGCUGGUCGAAGGGGACGACCGACCUGCUGCCAAGCGCUCCACCGUUGAGCCCGAGAAGAAAGAUUUCUGGGAUUCCUUUGGCGCGCCGCCUUCGGGACCGAGCAAAGACAAGCAGGACUUCUGGGACGAGUUCGCGAGUGCGGGUGAGGCGAGGACGAAGAAUAAGACGGUGGUGGGCAUGGGGGCGCCGAAGAAACCGAGUGGGAUUGGAACGAGCGCGGUGAAGAAGACGGCGCCGAAGAAGGACGAUGACGGAUGGGGUGACUGGUGAGGGAUUUGCAUCUCAGGCAUGUGCUAUGUUGGGUGUACGGAGUUUGGGUUUGAAAUGAUGGGCGGAUUAGCGUGCAUGUUUAUAGGUGAGGUGUUUGUUCUCUUGUUGAUAUAUUUUCAAUCACUUGUACGAGUUUCAUAUCAGUGAACUGUUCUGCUAACUUGGAAGAUUUCUUGCAGGCGCUGGGAAUUAGUAGAUAUCCAAUGGC